AUUUGCACACAUUCUUUUUCUUAGUUGAAAUUUAAAAUAAAAAAUAUUUAAAUAAAUAAUAAAUUGAUUAAAAACAAUUGAAAACAUCACCUGAAUUAAAGUGUGCUUCGAUAGAAUCAGCAAUUUCUUAAAAACUCUAGUGAGACAAGAGUCUAAAAAAGCAUUGAAUAUGGAAGAGUGUGAUGAAACUAAGGCAACUACGACGUCGAAUGCUCAGGAAAUUAGCGGUGGCAGUGCCAACAACAAUAGAGCUAAGGAACUGGCCAAAAAUGAACAACAAACGAAACCGGCGUUUAUAUGUGGGGUCAUUGAAGGUUUUUAUGGGCGUCCCUGGACAACGGAGCAGAGAAAGGAUUUAUUUAGGAAGUUGAAGAAAUGGGGUAUGGAUUCGUAUGUGUAUGCACCCAAGGAUGAUUAUAAACAUCGUGCUUAUUGGCGUGAAUUGUACACUGUGGAAGAGGCUGAUCAUUUGUCGGGUUUGAUAGCAGCCGCAAAGGAACAGGGCAUUACAUUUUACUAUGCCCUGUCUCCUGGUCUAGAUAUGACUUACAGCAGUCAAAAGGAAUUGCAAACUCUAAAACGUAAAUUGGAUCAAGUGAGCCAGUUUGGCUGCGGAGCGUUUGCCUUGCUUUUCGAUGACAUAGAGUCUGAGUUGUCGAAAUCGGACAAGGAAGUUUAUCAAACGUUUGCUAAUGCCCAGGUUUCUGUUACCAACGAAAUAUUUACUCAUCUUGGCAAUCCGAGAUUCCUAUUCUGCCCCACUCAAUACUGCAGUACACGUGCUGUGCCUUCUGUUCAUGAUUCUGAAUAUUUAAAUACUUUGGGUUCAAAGCUCAAUCAUGAAAUCGAUAUUAUGUGGACUGGCAGCAAGGUUAUAUCGAAAAUAAUUACUUUGGAAUCGAUUCAAGAGAUAACGGAAAUUCUAAGGAGACCACCAGUAAUUUGGGAUAAUUUACAUGCCAAUGAUUACGACCAGAAGCGAGUAUUUUUGGGUCCAUAUUCGGGCCGUUCACCUGAACUAAUACCGCAUUUACGCGGUGUUAUGACCAAUCCAAAUUGCGAAUUUCAUGCCAAUACCAUAGCCAUUCAUACGCUAGCGUAUUGGUCAAGAUGUAGUUUGGACUCGAAAAUAAAUAGUUCCAUAUCGGCGGAUAUUAAGUUGGAAACGGAAAAUGAUGAUGACACUGGCACCGAUGAUUUACCUGUUGAAUGCUGUUUAUCGAAGAAUAUCUAUCAUCCUCGCAUGGCUCUUAAAAAUGCUAUUGGCGAAUGGUUGCCCGAGUUUUUCAUAGAAAAAGAGGCCUGGGGUCCGAUUACAAAACCUCAGCCGGCUGUUACCAUGGUAAUGCCCAUCAUACCCAUUAUACCCUCUAUUAACACGUGCAUGAGUUUAACAACCACUACGACAACAUCUACCAAUUCCAAGACUGUUACAGUACCCCAAGUGAAUGCAACACAAUUGCAGGCCUUAGCUGAUGUCUGUAGCACUGUGAAUUCAUCGUCCGUCACUCCCAUAUCAAAUGCCGUCAUGAACUCUUUGGUCUCGCCCACCAAGGUAGUCACUAAUGAAGAUAUACUCAAUCCAAUAUCAUCAAAUAUUGCCUCAAACAUUGAGCUACCCAAAAAGAUUCCCAUCUCCAUCGUCUCGGUACCAAUAAUGGCCGCCAAAGAGGUGUCUGAUACCGAAAGUGAAGAUAUGCGUGAUACGGACAAUGAAGUUUCGCCCAUUAAACCAGAAGAUCUUGUUGGGAAGUCAGAAGUUCGUGCUCUCUUAGAAAGUAACGAUAAAGAAAUAUUACCAGAGGUGGUGGAUGAAGAGGAGACUGCUAAAGUCGACGAAAAAUUGGAAGAAGAUGUAACAAUAGAAGAAAAAGCAGCAGAAGCUGAUAAUUCUGGUUUGUCUAUAGAUGCCAUGGUGGACGACAAUAAUUUGAGUCCUCUCAGUACCGGCAAUGAGCCCAUGGAAUGUAGUAGUAGUGUCACUUCGCAGAUUUCACCUAAAGAAGAUGCCGGUAAAGUUUUGGCCGCAACAGCCAUGACAGAAGAUAUUGUAAUGGCUGAAACAGGUUCAAUAGGUGACGUAAAUAAUACAAUGCAAGUGGAAAGUCUAGAAUCAUCUCCAAUUUCAAAUGCCGAAAUGACGGAAGUAGAAAAAAUUCCUGCUGAGGCCAGUAAAAUGACUCCAGAGGAUUUAUAUUUAUUAUGCGAUCUGUUCUAUUUGCCUUUUGAGCAUGGCACGCGUGGCUGUAAAUUACUUAAUGAGUUUAACUGGCUCAAAGCUAAUGCUCAUGUACUGUUGGAUGAAGGUAAGUGCAAUAAUUCUGGCGGUGAAGUUGACACGCCCACAAAACCGGAAGUUGCUGAAUGGAUACAGAGAGCAGAAUAUUUCACCAAACUGUGCAAUUGUGUACAAGAGCUAUUGCGCAAGAUAGCUUUGUGUGACAAUAAAGAAAUUUGCCAUGAUUUGUUCUGCUAUGUAUGGGACAUAGCCGGAGCAUUAUCUUUGUUAAAUGCAUUUGUGAAGUGGCUGCGUUUGGGGCAUUUUCCGCCCAAUGUAUACAGCUAUACACAGGGCACGUAUACAUGGUUUAGCAAAGGUUGGAAGGAGGCCUUUAUGUCGGGUGACCAAGAGCCUUGGGUAUUUCGUGGUGGUCUUAUAGCCGACUUACAACGUCUCAUGCCUGUCGAUCAAGGUAAUGAUUUAUUUUUAUACAAACUGCCAGAAUUACCAACCACUGAUUAUCAUGUCAUGCGUCCCUUUACUCUCCUGGAUGAGUCCUCCAUUUAUCAAGUGUCUACAGAAGGGGUUUUAUCUCUGACCUCUCCGGUUGUUGAUAGUGAUCAAGCUCAAUUAGAAUUGUCCGAAAAUAUAAGAGAUCUUAUACCAGAUUAUUUAUUGGGUCCCUUCAUUACACUACAACCAGAGUUUUGUAUUGUUGCCACCGACAAUGCGGGCAAAAUUGUAGGCUAUGCAGCGGCUGCUUUGGAUUACCACACCUACUCGCGUAACACUGCCAUGUGUUGGAUGCCAGAAAUGAAAGAAAAAUAUCCCCAAAACCUACGUGAAGAUAUAAAUGCAUUUUCAAAAUGCGAAAAACUAAAUGAAAUGCUGGGCUCUAUGAUCAAGGAAUUUCAUGGUGAAUGUGAAUCGGCAUGUCCUACAGAAGUUAUAAGUUCUUAUCCGGCAGUUAUGACGUCGAUUGUGUUAUCCAAUUUGCUAACUCCCGAUUAUGGUGUGGGUAAACGUUUAAUAACCGUGUUAUUAGCCACAUUGAGGGCAAAUGGUUGCUUUGGUGUUCAUGUGCGCUUAUCAAGUAAAGAUUACAGCCUACCCCUGGUACAAUACUAUUUGAAACUGGGCUUCGGCGAAAUUUAUCGCGAUGAUGUUGAGAAUUUCAUUUAUUUUGGCAGACGUUUUUAGCAGAUGCAGUGUAUAGAUUUACCCACACAAAAAAUAUAAAUAGUAUUUAACACACACACACACACAAAAUUGGUUAUGUAGCUUAUCAGAAAAAAAUUGAGAAUCUCUUGUAUUAGAACAAACCAAUUGGCAAACAGCUUAGUUUUGCUUCCUUCAUAACAUUAAUAUCCUAUUUUUACUUAAUUCUAUCCCGUACUGUGUUAGUAGUCCUGUGUAUUAUUUUCAUUUUUACGUUAACUCAAAAAAAACGUAUCGUCGUCUGUUUACAAUUCUUUUUUUUUAACGUAGUAUUUAUAUCAUUUUAGAUAUUGGUGUUCUACUAGGACAUUAAUCUUUUUUACAUUUUAUAUAUUUAAAAAUAUUAUAUCAAACGUUUUUUGCAAUGUCUUUUUGUCGGCCGUCAAAAUAUGCAUUUAAUUACUUUUUUAUUUUUCCAAAAAAUAAAAACUACAAAAAAUGUA